CAGAGGCCCAUGUGAAGCGAUUUGAAGUUUCAGAAUUGAUCACGUGGACCUGCCAUCUUUUUGCUCGCUGAGAGCUAACCGAACUUCACUAUAACUUCAUCGAUGAACUUCUGCAUCCGAAUACACUUUUCUCUUUACUUUUUCAGGAGAAUUAAUUUACCUUAUAGUACCAAAAAGUAACUGCUCAAGGAGUGACGUAUUGGAACACACCUCAUUAUUCCUCUUCAGUAAAUGAAAGAUAUCCCUAAUCAAUAAUAAAAUUAAUAAGAAACUGUCAUUUCAAUGUUCAACUACGCCUGCUCCAUUAAGGAAACUUCGAACCCUCUAAACUGAAAAAAGCUGUAAGCUUAUGAACUUAAGAUUCUUAUGAAUAUAACGAAAAAUAACCAGUAAAGACAGACAAAUUGAUCACUAUUCCGAUUCCGCCAAAAUCUCUAUGAGAAAUCCUGAUUCACGUUCGGAGCAUAUUUCACUAAACCCACUUAUCUAUCAGUUUAAAUUUAGCACCGCGACGUACAGCGCCGAUUUUCGACGCCCGCGACGUACUUCCAACAAAACUUUUCAGUCUACCUUGUCCAAAAUUUCUGAAAUCUUGGUAAAUUCUUCUCAAACAUGUACUGGUUCUAUGUGGAUUACAGUGACGAGGUGAUUUAUUGUGGUAGUGGUGGUCGGUGAUUUUUUUAGACAGUUAACAAUGGCUGAUGGCGCGCGUUACCCAAAAGAACGACCAUGAGCGAACCAAUCGCCGCCGCGACGUCCGAACAAAGUCCUGGCACCGAUCCAAGAUCGAAAAGGAACAGCGGCCUCUUCGCUUUCUUCAAAUGGUUCAAACCUGGAUCGCGCGAGUCCAUCAUCGCGGACGAUUCGUCACGGUCCAGCAGUCUGGAAAGUGUCGCAUCGGACAAGAGCUCGGGUACCGUCGCCAGUUUCCGAUAUGUGUCGCCGACUGUGUAUGAGAACAAAGUAGUUCUGGAAAAACAGGUCCCUAUUGGUCCUGAAACUGACACAUAUAAAGCUCGUCUCAAACAAAGAGACAAACGGAGAGAAAAUGACAAAAAUGUGACCCUAAGGAAAAAAUAUAAUUUAUUUUUCAACAGAGAGACACUUCUGAGAACGCAAAAACCUCUGGAAGAAGAUGAAAAUUCGAAAAGUUUGCCACUGAUGACUAGGGCGCAUAUUAUGGAGGUUGAACCUCAAAAGGUUCAUAGAAGAACAAACAGUGAAUCAUCGAAAGUUAGACGAGCAGGCGCCUACCUACAUGUUAAAGGCAAAAGAAAAGCUCCACAACCUCCGGGAGGCAACAAACUACCUCUAGAUCCAUCCUCAACAAACAGCCUCAAAAGAAAAAAACGCGUAGCACCAGCACCUCCUCCAAAACUCCAAAUUACUGAAAACCAAGAAGAAGACGUUCUAGCAAAUGAUUAUUUGAAACUGGACCAUGGAGUGCUCAAGCCAGUGAAAGAAGAUAACCGACCAAAGACGCCACAAGAAAAUCUCCAAGCUCAAAACAUGUAUACACUUAGUCCGUCUUCUUCUAGAGGUAGUUUUGUGGAAGCGCCUGUGUCACCGAGGCCAUGGUAUAAAAGAAAUUCUACGUCUAAGGAAAUGUUGGCGAAGAAAGAGAAUAAAUAUGAACCAAUAGAGAGAUUACCUGAAGUCCAAUACAUGCGAAACUCAACGUUAGAUCUGACCCUUGAAGAUUCCCUACCCAAUCCCAAAGACGAAAAGAGAAAAGAAGACAAACGUAAAAGCGGAUUGUCCUUUCUAACGAACAUUAGCGAAUUGGACCGUGAAGCCUCAGAAAUAAUAAAAAAUAAAGCCGAAUAUGAACGAAUCAUCAAAAUCAACAAUGAAAUUCCUGAAUUCAUGAAACCCAGAGAAAUCAAGUCCAAUAUUCCAUCAACAACAACAACUGAUAGCUGGGCAUUACCUAAAAGACGUUCAGCUAGAGAUUUGAUUGCUAAAUUUAAUGCCAUCACCAACGUCACAAAAGUUAGUGUGUUUGGUGUGUCUCAAAAAGACAAAUAUUUCGGUAAACAAACUAGCUUGGAUGAAACGAAACAACGAAAACUUUUAGAAAGUCACAAAAAAAGAAUCGAGGAUAUUGACAAGAAAAAAGAAGAUAGAUUUUCGCCUUUAAUGAAGUCUGAGAGCGCUAGUGCUGUUAAAUUGUCCAUAAAAGAGUCCACUCCCAAAAUGGAAAGAAAAAGUUGGAACUGUCCUAAAUGUAAUUUGGAAAAUGAAUACUGGAGAAUUAUUUGCCACGUUUGUUCAGCCAUUAAACCAUACUUUGAUGAUUUUUCUUCUUCAAGUAAAAUAAACACUAAUGAUGCAGAACAAACAAAACCUUCCAGUCCAGUAGCAUUGAAAAAAGAUUUUUUAGCUCAAAAUAAUUUAUUCGAAAGAUCAAAAACACAAAUCGGUUUUUCGGCUUUAGCUUGUUAUAACGCAAAUAAUAAAUUAAAAUCAGAAACCUCUACAAGUAACCCGGAAUCGAAAGUCGAUGAUACCAGUAAAAAAGAAGAAAGAGACAGACUGAAGAAAAUGUUAAUUGAAAUGAAAAAUUCUUUACCCAAAAGAAAAAGUAAUAUAUUGAUGAAGCAAAAUAGUAGAACCAGUAUAAUUAUGGAAAAUCCUUAUGAUGAUAUUAAUAAAGAAACCAAAGAGAUUCCUCAAGAGAAGAAACAACAGGAGGAGGAAAACAAGCCAAUAGAAAAAACCCAAGCGGAAAAAGUUGCAGAAAUUCUAAUAGGAACUCAGCAAACAAUUUACGAAAACAUAAAAGUGCGCAAAACCGAAAACCCGAAACCGCUAAAAGUGUGUUCGUCAGCUCAAACUAGUGCUGUCAUGAGAAAAUUAGUGCCAGAAUCCAGUUUAAAAAAAUUAAUAGAAAAUCACAAAGUCAACAACGCCUACGAACCAAUGAAAGUGCAAGAUUUCGAGGAUAUUUAUUCGGACAAAAACGGCAAAAAUGCCGCAAAGUUAUACGCGAAUUUAGCUCAAAACGACGAACUUUCUUUGUUUUUCAAUGUUCCAAAAUGUAACUUGGAUAAUAAAUUAAGUGACAUUAACGGUGAAUCUAGGAAAAACAUCAAUACUGAUACGAUUGAAAUUAACAGACUUUUGAGACGUUUAGAAAAUGCUAUUGGAAAAGGUGAAUUGACGGAAGCUGCUAUAUUUGCUAAGGAAUUGGCACAAUUGAAAGUUAAUUGUUCGGUAAUUAGGCAAAAAGCUCAAGGGCAGAGUGGAGGAAAACAUCAAGGAUUUCAGAUAGAAAUGUACGUAGAAGACAAAGUUUCGCACCGAGGUCCAUUCCCCAUAGACGUCACAGAAUCUCAAACUGUAGCAGAAUUGAAACAGCAAAUAGCUGCAGAAUUUGAAAUUCCCGUAGAAGUGCAAAGAUGGAUAUUGGGGAAAGAGUUGGUGGUUGAUGAUAAUUCCAGUCUUAAGCACCAUAAUAUUACCGAGGGAUGUCCAGUUUUUCUUUAUUUAGUUGCUCCAGAGAAAAAGCCCAGAGAAUUUCAAACGAAAAAGUCCUCUGCCAUAGCUCAACCAUCGACAUCAACUUCAAGCAAUGAUUCUUCUACAAUAAAUUCAAUAUCGAUUAAUCUGAGGCAAACCAAAAACGUAAAUGCAACUACAGAAAAAAAUGAUAUUCCAGAACCAAAAAAGAACAAAAUCGAAGCACCCAAAAUUGUAAAUGUGAUACCAAAGUCGUCAGACGUUGCCAAAGCUGAAGUAAUUCGUAUUGUACCUAUUCAAAAAGGAAUAACAAAUGGAAAACCAGAAUCUGGUAUUAAACCUCCCUCAACAGUAACUGAAAUUAAAGUAGAUAUUAAACCAUAUUCUUCGAGAUACGAAAAGGAUGAUAUAAAAGAAGAAAAAACUGGAUUAGUUCGAGCAACAGCGACAAAAAUUGAAGUUUUCCAAGCUCCUCCAUUAUUGACGGCAAAUAUUAAUUCUACUCAAGAAACACCUAGAAGAGCUUCUGUUCAACAAACUUCCUCUCACGAAUCUUCAAAAUCCGAAACUGUAAAAACGGAAGUUAAAGAAGCAAACAUUUCUUCGACUAGUGCAAGCAGUGAUAAAAGCUCAACCAGAAUAUAUCCAAACCUAUCCAAUUUAUCUACCACCGCAACUUUAUCACAAAUAGCUCCCAAUGCUUCCAUAGAGGAAUAUGAUACAAACACACUUAGACCACCAAAAGAAUGGGAAUGCCACUUAUGCACCCUUCUCAAUCCCGAUUCCAGCAACAUUUGCGCAGUUUGUGCUACAGUUCGUAUAAAGAAAACCUCUUUGAGGAGAUGGAACAAAAAGAAACCCGCCCCUCAACCACAAAAAGAUCAAACGUAUCUUCAAUUAGUGAAUUUAGAUAGUGCUGAUUUGGUAGCUAACGCCGAUGUUUUUGAGUGCUUGGUAUGUUUCUUGGAGGUUGCAAAAGGAGAUGGUGUAACUUUGAGGGAGUGCUUGCACCAGUUUUGUAAAGACUGUUUGGCGAGGACUGUGGAGUUUUCCGAUGACGCGGAAAUUAAAUGUCCCUUCAGGGACGAAGAAUACUCGUGUAAUAUAGCAAUGCAAGACCGUGAAAUAAAGGCAUUAGUUUCUCCCGAUAUGUACGAGCAACAUUUGGCUAAAUCGAUGGCGCAGGCUGAGAAUCGUAUGGAGAAGACUUUUCAUUGUAAAACUCCAGAUUGUAAAGGAUGGUGUAUAUUUGAGGAUAACGUCAACGAAUUUCGAUGUCCUGUUUGUAGGAAGACGAAUUGUUUGACUUGUCAGGCAAUUCACAUGGGAGCCAACUGCAAACAAUACCAGGAAAGAAUGAAAGACGAAUCAAAUAUGAACGAAGAUGCUAGACGAACCAAAGAUUUCUUAGAAGAAAUGGUCGAGAAAGGGGAAGCUAUUGCCUGUCCAACUUGCAAGGUGAUACUAAUGAAAAAAUGGGGCUGUGACUGGUUAAGAUGUUCAAUGUGCAAGACAGAGAUAUGCUGGGUAACGAGGGGUCCCAGAUGGGGCCCCGGUGGUAAAGGAGAUACUUCAGGUGGAUGCAAGUGCGGACUAAAUGGAGUCAAGUGCCAUCCAAAGUGUAAUUAUUGCCAUUAGUUAUAGUAAUUUUUUUUUUUUAGAAAAUUAGCUAGGAAAAUAAAGUUACCAAGGUAUCUAUACGCUUAUAUUAGUGAUCGCGUGUUUUUACUGUUUUUUAUUAUUAAAGAUAUUGAAAUUUCCUGUUACUUCACAUUAUCUAAUUAUUAUUAUUGUUUGUUUUGUUAUUUUUUUGCUUUUUUGUUUGUUAAUUCCUUUUUCAAAAUAGGUUCAAUUAAAUAUAAAUAUUAAUCUACACUAAAAUAAUUAUUCUGUGUGCUUUUAGCUAAGUGUCUAAUUUUUUUUAUAAAGAAUAUGUGUGAUAAAUAAAGGUGGUAGGUAUAUACGACAGAAUUUGUUCCAAUAAUAAAAUUUGAAGUUAAACAGCUAUGAACCAGAAAGAACUAAUAAAAUCGCAGAGAGAAUCUGUGUUUCAGGAAGAGCACUUUUAAAGUCAUUUAAGAUCCCUAACAAAAAGCAAAAUUUUUAAUUGCCCUUUUAUAAAAAUAUUUUGAUUUUAUUGUGACUAGGGCUCUUUUUCUUCUGUGAGAACUGAACUCAUGGAAACUCAUUAUCAAUUCUCUGGUUUCAUUUAGCCUUUUUUCCAAUAAAUUUUAGAGGUACCUAACCUGUUGUAAGUACCCACCUAUAUAGUUAUUUUAUAGCUUAAUGUAACUAGGUACUUACUUAUUUAGUCAAAUGGGUAUAUUUAAUAAGAAAUAUGACUGAUGAAGUUAAAACUACCAUAAUUGGUACCACUGCCCUUAUGUAUUGCUAAACAAGAUAAGUAAAGAAAAUAAAUGAAUACAUAUUUUCAA